AUGUUUCCCUUAACACCGCCCGUGGUAAAGCGCUUAUUGGGGUGGAAAAAAGGUCCUGAAGGAACCUCAGCCGCUGAAGACAAAUGGUCGGAAAAGGCCGUGAAGAGUUUGGUAAAGAAAUUGAAGAAAACUGGAGCUAUCGAGGAGCUUGAGAAGGCGUUGUCGAAUCAAAGCGGUCAUACCAAAUGUGUUACAAUACCAAGGGUGAAGCCGAAUGAUAAUAUAUUGAAUGGACAAUAUCGCAAGGGGUUGCCGCAUGUGGUUUACUGCAGGCUGUGGCGCUGGCCGCAGCUACAGAGCCAGCAUGAAUUGAAACCGGUGGAUCACUGUGAAUACGCUUAUCAAUUAAAGAAGGACGAAGUCUGCAUAAACCCAUAUCAUUAUAACAAGAUUGAUUCGCCAGCUCUGCCGCCAAUUUUGGUGCCUCGCUGUCCUGAAAACGAGACCAGGGCUCCUCCUCCAUACACGGAUUAUCAGCCCAUACACGAACAUACAGACAACGUUAUGCAAAAUGGAGUAGUGGGCGCUCACAGCGCCUUGUAUCUCGAGGCAACGCUGGGACAGCAAGUACCUGGCAACACCACAGUACAUCUCAGUUCGUCGACGGUUGAAACUCCACCCCCAGGGUAUAUGAGCGAAGAUGGAGACCCAAUGGACCAUAAUGAUAAUAUGAACUUAACUCGUCUGAGCCCCUCACCAGGAACAUUAGGGCCAGAGACAGCCCCAGUGCUGUACCAUGAGCCGGCCUUCUGGUGCAGCAUCAGCUACUACGAGCUGAACACCAGGGUCGGGGAGACGUUCCACGCGUCGCAGCCCUCCAUCACGGUGGAUGGGUUCACGGAUCCCAGUAAUAGUGAACGUUUCUGCCUCGGUCUCCUCUCGAAUGUGAAUAGAAAUGAGGUUGUAGAACAAACACGCAGACAUAUUGGGAAAGGCGUUCGACUCUACUAUAUAGGUGGUGAAGUGUUCGCGGAAUGUCUCAGCGAUUCAUCAAUAUUCGUCCAAAGUCCGAAUUGCAACCAGCGGUACGGCUGGCAUCCAGCUACGGUGUGCAAGAUUCCACCAGGUUGCAAUUUGAAAAUAUUCAAUAACCAAGAGUUUGCUGCGUUGCUCAGUCAAUCAGUCUCUCAGGGCUUCGAAGCGGUGUUCCAGUUGACUCGUAUGUGCACUAUACGGAUGAGUUUCGUCAAAGGAUGGGGUGCUGAGUAUAGACGUCAAACCGUAACAUCGACACCGUGCUGGAUCGAGCUGCACCUGAACGGACCCCUGCAAUGGCUGGACAGAGUUCUGACGCAGAUGGGUUCACCGCCCUUGCCGUGCUCCUCCAUGUCUUGA